AUGAUUCUUCAACCUGUGACAUCAAAAGAGGCACAAUGUUAGCUGAGCUGAUACAUAAUACAGCAUUAAUAAUAUGGGAUGAGGCUCUCAUGACUAAUAGGAGAGCUUUUGAGGCUCUAGAUAGAAGCCUACGUGAUAUACAAUCCAUUCAUUGCAAAGAGGCUUCUGAUGUGCCAUUCGGUGGAAAGGUUCUUGUUCUCGGUGGUGAUGUUAGGCAGAUCUUACCUGUUGUUGAAGGUGGUAGUAGGGCUGAAAUUGUCAAUGCUGCUAUAUUCAAUUCAGUUCUGUGGUCUACAGUUACAGUGCUUACUCUAUCACAAAAUAUGCGCCUCGCUGGAGGCUCUACCAAUCCUGCUGCGCAACAACAGGUAGCAGAUUUUAGUAAGUGGAUGCUAAAUGUUGGGGAAGGAAAUAUUGAGUGCACAGCUAGGGAAGGAGAGACAGAGGCUUCAUGGAUUAAAAUACCACGCGACCUCUUACUUACCACUACUGAUGACAACCUAUCUUCAAUAGUGGCUGCUGUUUAUCCAAAUUUGUUAGAGAAUUACAUAGAUGAUACAUAUCUUAAAGAACGAGCUAUUUUAGCUCCUACAAAUGAUAUAGCUGAAAAAGUGAAUGAAUAUAUUGUCUCUCUGUUGCCAGGAAAUACCAGAGAAUACCUUAGUUCUGACAGCAUAUCAAAAUCUUCAAGUGGUCAUGAGUCUUAUGAACUGUUGUAUCCUGUCGAGUUUCUUAACUCCUUGAAUGGUAACAAUUUUCCCCAGCAUGUUUUAGAUUUAAAGAAAGGUGCGCCGAUUAUGCUAUUGCGUAAUUUGAAUCAAACAGAUGGCCUUUGCAAUGGUAGUAGACUCAUUAUUACACACCUAGGUGACAGAGUUAUACAGGCAAAGCUAAUGACAGGCCCGCACAUGGGUGAUAGUGUUCUUAUACCUCGCAUUUCUCUUACUUUGAAGUCUAAUAAGUGGCCAUUUGUUCUUGAGAGGCGCCAGUUUCCAAUCAAAGUAUGCUAUGCAAUGACAAUCAACAAGAGCCAAGGACAGACUCUCUCCUCUGUUGGUGUUUACCUUAAAAAAUCUGUAUUCAGUCAUGGUCAACUUUAUGUAGCUAUUUCUCGCGUCACUUCAAGACAAGGUCUUAAGUUGCUCAUAGAAGAUGAAGAUGGAAAUUGUACAGAUGAAACAAGGAACGUUGUUUACAAAGAACAACAAACAAUGCAAGACUACAGAAAGCAAAGGAUUUAUAUAUCAGACCUUACACUUCAACCCGAAAACAGAGAAAUAUGUGCUCGUGUCAUGAGAAAAUGGGUGUUUGAUGGAAAUGAUCCUGGUGGUCCUAUUCGUCAUAUAAGUCUUGUUCUAGCUGAUGAAAAAGGAAACACCAUUUUCGCUCAAAUUCUAGAGGCGCAUGUGCACAAAAAAGGAUCUUUAAUACAUGAACAUGGAGUUUACAUAAUCAGCAAGUUUAUUGUUAGAGCUUCCAAGCCGACCUAUGUUCCAUUUGAAAAGGACCUCAUGAUUGAGUUUACUGCAUACACUACUAUUGUAGCAGUCAAGAAUCCGCCCAACACUUUCCCCACCUAUGUUUACAACCUUACUUCUUUCUCUCAAAUCAAUCCAGUUGGUAUAGCCCGAACAAAAUUUGUAGACGUUCUAGGUAUUCUUACUUCUGUCGGUGCUCCAAAAACAGUGCCCAUUGUCAGAAAAGAAACUGUGGGUAUAGUUCGAGAAGUUAUGAUAAAAAAUCUAAGCAAUGAAGAACUUAGGAUCAGUUUAUGGGGUGACCAAGCAACAAAAUUCACCGCUGUUGAUAUGUUGGCCUCAAAUAACGCUCAGUCAAUUGUCGUCCUUUUUGUUGGUUGCUUACCUCGAAGUGUCAAUUAUCAAACUCACCUCACCGGUGGGAAUGCCUGUCGCUGGUUCCUAAAUCCCGACAUCAAAGAGGCGGAACCUUUCUAUACUAGCUUGAGGCAGAAUCCUGUUCCAGUGUAUCAAGCUCCUCUGGAACACCAUACACAACAAGUGGAACCUAUCAUACUGGAACACAAAAAUCUUGAUGAAUUAAACGCCAUGGAUCCAUUUGACUUCCCGAGAGAAGGUUUCAAGUGCACUGUUACGAUCACAUCUGUGCCACAGGAUUAUAGAUGGUCAUACUAUGGAUGUGCAAAAUGCAAAAAAGCAAUUACAGAGGUGGCUGUUCCAUUUAGGUGCAGCGUGUGUGCCUGCAAGGAAGCUAAGAACCUAUAUAAACUUUCCUUCGUUGCUACAGAUGAUACAGCUGAAGGCAUGUUUUUUUGCUUUGAUGAAAUAUCUCGUAUGAUCAUAAAACGGAAUGUAGAUUAUGUCUUGAGAAUGGCUAUGAAAGCCUCUGGACUACCAAAAGAAAUAACAGACAUCGUGUCAAAGAAAUUCACAUUCAAUGUCAUCUUAACGAAGGGAUCCUACUAUGAUGGCCAUAAAACAUAUGAGGUCAGGUCCAUCAUGCGUGAUUUCCAGAUGGAAGCUUAUAAAGCCAAGUUGCUCUUAACUCAACCGCUUAUUUCCCCUUUAAGCGAUGCACCACCCAAUUUGACAAUUGAGAGCCCUUCACAAAUUUCCACACAGAGUAAUCAGAUAACAAGGCCACCUGAUCUUAUAGACAUUGCUGAAAGCUCACACACACCUCUAGGGAUGCUCAGCCCUGAUACUAUACCACAAAAGAUUGGUCUUUCUAAGCCACCUGCAGCACACAACACGGCUCAAAGGGUGCUAUUUCCACCACUUAAAGCAAACACUGAGAUGCUUGGAAAAGAAACAGAUAGUACUAAAGAGAUAGAGCAAACAUCCAAAGCAAUCUUAACACAUAGAUUAGCUAUGGAUGUAACGAAGUCUACGACUGAUAACGUAUCAAACAUACAUGAAGUAGGUCCUACUGCCACGGUGUUGCCUGAUGAUAUAUCAGUACAAAAGAGUGCAAUACAAAACAAGAGCACCGGUGCAAAUAAUGUCGGUCAAAAUGAUCCCACUACUGAAUCUGACAAAACACAUACACAGGAAUCUAAAAAGCGCAAGUUUGGCGAUCCACCAAAACACACUAAAGAAAGAACCCAAAAGUCCACAUGCAGUGACAAUACAAAAUAGAGACUAUAUUGUGGUACAAUCUUAUAAUUAAUGGAACAGGGCGCACAAUCUGUAAUAUUAAUGCCUAAGCACUCUAUGCUCUAUUCUUUAUCUAUUGAUACUUUGUCUUCAUCUAUAAUACUUUGAUUACACGUCGCUACGAAAGUAUUUCCUCUUUUUUGUGACAGGUACUACCAAUUAGGAACGUAUCUGCCCCACCAUUUUGCAAUGCUACAAAGGUUCGAGUCACAGAUUCCAGGACCAACAGUGUAGUUCUUACAUAAUAAUUAUAUGAAUCCUAGGAACACUCCAAACUACUUCCAGUGUCGUGAAAUCUGAAUUGCUUUAUGUAAUAAUGGUAUGUAAUCUUGAAUGUCUUAUACAUAUUUCAAGUUUAUGGUACUAUCUCGUGGACAGUGUAUUCUGCCACACCAAUGGAAUAUACCGCAACUACGUAGGCAGGAAACAAACUAUGCUAAAUAUCUACCGAUUUCAUUUGGGCCA